CAGAACGUGAGAUUUUAGGUGGAGUGUCGUCUCUCUCUCUUAUCCUCUGUUCACGCCAUUUACAAGAUUGAUUGACCAAAAAAGACGGCAGCUUUAGAGAGAGAGAGAGAGCAUAAGAUAGAGAGAUAGAGAAUUAGAGAUGUCGGCUACUGUAUUCGUUUCUGGUAUGGCGGUUGGAGUUCCGAGGCUCUCUUGCUCGAGCUCUGUUCACCGGAGCUUGGAACCAAUGAAGAAGAGGACCACGAGCAGCGUCAAAUUCGUGACCACCUUCCGAACUCCCUCUCCAAACUCAGGGACAAAACGGUCAUUUCGCGUCAUGGUUUCCGACAACCAAUCAGAACAAGCCGGUAACGGUCAAGGAGUUCAGGAGGACUUGAGCUACCUGUUGAAGCUAGGAGCUGGUUCUGUACUAGGCGCAGCUAUAAUCAAAUACGGCAGCGUAUUGCUCCCAGAGAUAACAACACCUAACCUCACUCAAGCCCUCUUCAUUAUAUUUGCUCCUGUUGUAAUCUCUGUUUUACUUUUGAUCAGAUCAUCUUCUUCCAAGAACCAGAACUAGAGUUCAUCAGCUCAUUGUGAAAAGAUUGUGUUCUUAAGAGUGUAAAAGUUUUCACUAUAAUCCAUAAAUAAAAAAGUAUUCAAUC